AUGAAAAAAUACAUCUUUCAAAAGGAUGCCUUUUUUACAGAUAGCCCUGAGAUUCACAUACGGCGCCACCCCGCUGUAGAAGACAUCGUGCGGCAGAACAAGGUGUGGAUCGAGCAACAGGUCGAGAAUGGCGGAAGGAUGAACUGCCAGACCCGACCGCUAUCUGACGAGGAGAGAGACGGACACUUAGUUCGUCUCUUAGGAGUCCAGAAGAUGCAUGCUAUGUUGCUCGUAGUGAAAGACGAGACUGAUUACUGGCUCAAGUAUCAUAAUCUGAAAAAAGAAUGGCCCGUUGGCGAAACCGACCAUCCAUGCGGUAUGCUCGCGACCAAUGACAAAUGGUUCAUGAUGUCUUGGGAUGACUUUCAUCUCAAGAGGUACGGUCAAGAGAGGAGGGACAGAGAAAGCUGUGUCCCUUCACAGAUGAAAGGGGAGGAUGGCCCAUUGUGGUACGAGUUCGCAGUGAAAAGUGAGUUUCAUCGAUGGAAUUGGCAGACCGACUAA